AGAAAAGGCAUUCUUAUCACUGUACAGUAUAACUUUUUCGAUGUGUAUUGCUGAUUUUUUUUUUACAAUGCUAGCAGGAAUCUCAUUUGAAAUUUCCUCAACUCGCAGUAUUGCUUGUUUAUUUAGUUCAUUUUGAAUUUCUACAAUAAAAAUGUAACUUUUCAAACUGAAAAUAAUGCUAUCAGGUAACUCCAUUUAUUUGAAAUUCGAAACAAAACACUAUGAAUCUGCCCUCACGAUCAGCAGUAUGGAUGAUUUGUAAAAUCGCAUUUUUCUUGGCAGAUUCUAUUAAUCAAACCAAUGGGUCUCCAUCACUCAAUAAAUCCAAGAUAACACCUACUUCUACUACAUACUCAUACAAGUUAGCCAAAGAUUGGCCUUUGACAAGAAUUCUAUCCAAAAAAGGAAUAAAUCUUGAAAACCACGCCGACACAUCCGUACAAAUCGCCACUCCCGACGAUGGAGACUUUCAGACCUUCAUCCAAGACUCAGCCUUGUGGGUAGACAAGUCACUACUCAUAAAGAAAAUGUGGAAAUCGUUGUGGAAUAGCGAAGUCGUCAUCGCCACAGCUCCUCCAAAAUGGGGUAAAACCAUCAACCUCUCUAUGAUAAAAUUUUAUUGCGAGCUUCCUUUGGACUCGGAUGGAUUCGAAACACCCAAACAACAGUCAGCAAGCCAUCUUUACUUUAACGAAGGUAAAGUAGUAUUGAAAAAUGGUACCAUCCAAGAACUAGAUGGAGUACCUCUCGUAUCUGGUUUCCAAGAACAUCUGGCCGAUCACCCGGUCAUAUACAUGUCUGGAGUGAACCUGACAAUGGAAAAUAUCCUCGAAUCUGUGAGAAUAAUGAUACAUCAAACUUACAAACGUCAUGAAAGUUUACUCAGGCGACUUGAUAAAGAACAUAGCAAAGCUAGUACUAAAAAAAAAGACGGUGUUGCUCGAGACAUAGAACAAUUUCGAACAUUUUACGAUCCGGAGAAAGCAACGGCGUUGAAUGAAUCUCAAGUAGUUGAAGGAAUACAACAUUUGUCCGAGUUAUUAAACAAAACGUAUAAACGAAAAGUGGUCAUACUUUUCGACGACCAUGAAUACUACGUGUACAGAACCUACUUCGUAAAUAAAUCAUCAAAUUUCUCCAGCAAUUGCAGCGAUAAUUUUAACACCAUUUGGAAGAAAUUCUUACAUCAUACUAUUCAAUCAAAUGCACAUUUAGAGAAAGCCGUCAUAUCUGGGGCAAUACGAGCUCCUAGUCCGGGCACUUUAAUGGGCUCCCGCGUGCUCACUUAUUACAAAGCAUACGUAUUCGAUAACCGAGACCUGUACCCUUAUUAUGGUAUUUUUGAGAAAGAAUUUCUCGAAAUGGCUCGUCUUAGAGGUAUCGAUAAUGCUACCAUUGAAAAUGCCACUCAAUGGUAUGGUGGAUAUAGUUCUCUUAGUCAUGUAGCUGUUCAGAUGUAUUCUCCCUAUUCGACGUCACGAUUCAUCAGCACGUUACAAAUUCGUGAUUACCAGCCUACCUCGUGGUUAUCUGAUUUCAUCAGUAGGAUGCUCCAGAAACCAAAAUUAAAAGAGAAAUGCUUUAGUAGCACGAUGGAAAGUUUUACUCGCGGUACCAACAAUUUAUUUGGUGUUCCCAUCUCUUAUUUUAGUGAGUUGUCAUUGCGGAAUUUUGAGAAUUUGCAGAAAGUAAUUAUUCAGAAUGAAAGUGAAUACUACGGUGGCUUACACAAUGACGCAAUCGGUUCGAUAUUUCUUUCGAGUGGUUACGCCUCGGUAAUUGGGUACAAUCGUAACCAGUUUAAUGUGCUUAUCAACGUACUACCUAAUCUAGAAAUGUAUACUCAUUUUUCUGAUAUGCUUAAUGGUCAGUGACGAGUUUUUGAAUGAAGUUGGUUUGUGUUUCAAUGGUUUGUGAUCACAAAUAUUUUCACCAAAUUUCCUCCAAAAAUUCCCACUCGUUCAAAAGUUAGAGCAAAAUUAAACUUACUUACUGACUG